UUCCCUCCAAGUUCCCAAAGCAUAAAAAAUUGAAAGGGAAAUGGAAAACCCUUGAAAAACCUUAAACCCCCUUCUCCCCCAUCGAUUCCUCCGAAGAAAUUGCAAAAUUUUCUUAAUCACCACAGAUUAUAUUCAUUGUAUUUAUGCGGAGAAUGAAAUCCCUCCUCUUCCUCUCUCCCACUCUUUCAAUAUUCCCUUGUCAUCUCACCAGAACAAGGCCAUCACUCUAUUUUCAGAUCCCUCAAACCCUCUAUGACGAAUCUAUAUCUAUCGUAAACCCCAAUAUUCUACGCCUGAGACCCUUUUCUUCUUUCAAUUCCUCGAUUUCGACCUCCGUCAAGAGCUCGAACUCGCGAAUGAAGGCGCCUCGGUUCUCUUAUGGCGAGAUCCAUGUAAUCGUUGGCCCAAUGUUUGCUGGUAAAACCACCGCUCUCCUCCACCGUAUCCAGACUGAAAGUAAAAACGGCAGAGAUGUAGCAAUAAUAAACUCGAAUAAGGAUACGAGAUAUGGGUUAGAUUCUAUUGUAACGCAUGAUGGAGCAAAAUUUCCGUGUUGGGCCUUGUCGGAACUAUCAUCUUUCAGGCAAAAGUUUGGAGUCGAUGCUUAUGAAAAGCUAGAUGUGAUAGGGAUCGAUGAAGCUCAAUUUUUUGAAGAUCUAUAUGAUUUCUGCUGUGAGGCAGCUGAUCACGAUGGGAAGACCGUAAUUGUUGCAGGCCUUGAUGGAGACUACUUGAGAAGGAGCUUUGGUUCUGUGCUCGACAUUAUACCAAUAGCUGAUUCUGUAACCAAGUUGACUGCUCGAUGUGAGCUAUGUGGCAAGCGGGCUUUCUUUACCUUGAGGAAGACAAAGGAUACACAAACGGAACUGAUUGGUGGGGCUGAUGUUUACAUGCCGGUCUGCCGGCAGCACUAUGUAAAUGGACAAGCAGUCAUUGAAAGUACCAGGAUUGUUCUAGAAUCUCAAAAGAUUUAAUGUGAUUCUUACCUUGAAGCACCUCCCCUACCCAGUUGAUAUGGUCUCUUUCUACUUUGCAGUCUAAUUUAUUGUGUUAGGUUUGUUACAUUUGGUCGCUCACUAGUCUGUACAAACUGAUACUUCUGAAUUUUUCAUGGUUUUCGUGUAGGGUUGUUGUAUCACUAUAUAUCCACAUAUAUUGAAGGUACUUCUCUUUCUAUUUUCA